AUGCAACCUGACGACCCCCCGGCACGGCCAGCGGGAUGCUGCCACAGGUUCGGAGCUGCGCUUCUCGCGAUGCCCCGGUGUGCACUCUGCCUUCUUGCCCUCGAGCUGCUCGCCGGCCUUUCCCUGUCGCUGGCCUCGCUGGCGGGGGGCUUCCAGGCUGCAAUCUGGCUCUCCAUCAAUAUGGAGCGUGCAUACAAGGACCUGGAGCUCUGGCGGCUGGUCAGCGCCCCUGUUCUCCCGGAGUCCGUCUUCCAGGGAGCCCUCUUCGCCUUGAUCGGCUGGAACUCUGCGUUCCUACUGGAGCGGACCGUCGGCUGGAAGGUUUUUCUCGGGCUCCUCGCCUUUGCGGUCCCCUGCGUCUCCCUUCUGACGUCGGCCCUCACGGCCCUCCUCGCCCUCACCCCCGGCCUCCGGGACGUCCCGUACUUCGCCGCCCAGUGGACAAGCAAUGCGAACAUGGGGCCCGGACCCCUGCUGGUAUUCCUGACGAUUAUGGGGAUCCGGCUGUCCGGGCAUAAGUCGUUCACUUGCUGCUUCCGGUGCCCCAUCCCGGCGUGGGGCGUCAUCCUCGUCACCGUCCUCAUGGCCCAGGUGAUGCUCUAUCCCCCCUGGGAGGGCGUUCCCUACACGCUCUCGGGCGUCGUCGCAGCGUAUGUCCUGCCGCGAAGAGCCUUCAGGAGGCCUUUGUCCCCGGAGGACGAGGCUCUCGUGGCCAGCGAGGACGGGCCCGAGGACGUCCGGCCUACAGAGACACUUCCGCCUCCUGCCGAGGAGUUCCGGGGCCGGGGGAGGAGCCUGUGA